CAUGCCCAUCGCACCCAUCACUGGAAUGCUCAGAAAGAGGCUCUGGCUCGACCUUUCCGUCGGCCUCGGUCUCGGCGUCACUGCUGCUUAUGGUUUUUGGUAUGGCUUUCACUUAAAAUCGCUACAACGUCAGGAGGAGUACUACCUCAGGCUGGAGAGAAGUCGGGUUCAGGAAGCUGCGUAGACAAC